CGGGCGUUGGCGCGCGAAGGGGCGCGCGGCGGCGGCGCGGCGGGCGGAGGCGGCAGGAAACAAUAGAGCGCGGCCGGCGCGGCCCAGCAGCGAGCGCGGCACCGGCCGCACGUCCGCCCUGCCCGGCCCGGCCCCGCCCCGCCUCGCUCCCCGCCCCCGCCCCGCCAUGGCGGACAAGGAAGCAGCCUUUGAUGAUGCAGUGGAAGAACGUGUGAUUAAUGAAGAGUAUAAAAUAUGGAAAAAGAACACCCCCUUCUUAUAUGAUCUGGUCAUGACCCAUGCUCUGGAAUGGCCCAGCUUGACUGCUCAGUGGCUUCCUGAUGUGACAAGACCUGAAGGCAAAGAUUUCAGCAUCCACAGGUUGGUGCUGGGGACCCACACCUCAGAUGAGCAGAACCACCUGGUGAUUGCCAGUGUGCAGCUGCCCAACGAUGAUGCUCAGUUUGAUGCUUCACACUAUGACAGUGAGAAGGGAGAGUUUGGAGGCUUUGGAUCAGUCAGUGGAAAAAUUGAAAUUGAAAUCAAGAUAAACCACGAGGGAGAAGUGAACAGAGCCCGUUACAUGCCCCAGAACCCGUGUAUCAUUGCUACCAAGACUCCAUCCAGUGAUGUCCUUGUCUUUGAUUACACCAAACAUCCUUCUAAACCAGACCCUUCUGGAGAGUGUAACCCUGACCUGCGUCUUCGUGGGCACCAGAAGGAAGGUUAUGGGCUGUCGUGGAACCCAAACCUGAGUGGGCAUCUGCUUAGUGCUUCUGAUGAUCAUACCAUUUGCCUGUGGGAUAUUAGUGCUGUUCCAAAAGAAGGCAAAGUGGUGGAUGCAAAGACCAUCUUCACAGGACAUACAGCAGUGGUGGAGGAUGUAUCCUGGCACCUGCUCCAUGAAUCUCUCUUUGGUUCUGUUGCUGAUGAUCAGAAGCUCAUGAUUUGGGAUACUCGGUCAAACAACACCUCCAAACCCAGUCAUUCUGUGGAUGCUCACACAGCUGAAGUCAACUGCCUCUCUUUCAACCCCUACAGUGAGUUUAUCCUGGCCACAGGAUCAGCUGAUAAGACUGUUGCUCUGUGGGACUUGAGGAACCUGAAACUGAAGUUGCACUCUUUUGAAUCACACAAAGAUGAAAUAUUUCAGGUCCAGUGGUCACCCCAUAAUGAGACUAUAUUGGCCUCCAGUGGCACCGACCGCAGGCUGAACGUGUGGGACUUGAGUAAAAUUGGAGAAGAGCAAUCCCCUGAAGAUGCUGAGGAUGGUCCCCCCGAGCUCUUGUUCAUCCAUGGUGGUCAUACUGCAAAGAUAUCUGAUUUCUCCUGGAAUCCCAAUGAGCCCUGGGUAAUUUGUUCUGUAUCAGAAGACAAUAUCAUGCAAGUCUGGCAGAUGGCAGAGAACAUCUACAAUGAUGAAGACCCUGAAGGAAGUGUGGAUCCAGAAGGUCAAGGAUCCUAGAUGACAAACUUUUCCUGUUUUUAGUCUUUUUUCCUUCUCUUCCCUCUCAACCCUGAUAUUGACUUAACACUGGUUUUGAGACACACGUAGAUUUUGUGUUCAGCCAUCCUUCUGUAGAUACCACCACCAGGCUUCUUAACCCAGCCAGUAAUCCCUAAGGAAAGGGCUCAGCUCCUUGUUCAGAUUCCUCUUGCUCUGGGGCUUGGCUGUCCUGUUUUAGCUGCCUCCAUCACACAGAGCAAACUUGGUUUUGUUGUUUCUUCUUCUGCCUUUACCUUGCUUACAGCUACAGCCUUUUGCUUAAUUUAAAGGACAGUUAAUGGUGGAGCUGCCAGGGAAGGUGUGAGCAGAUGGGGAUAGAUCCAAGUGUUAAUCCUCUGGCAGUUCAGAAAUGGAGUGUGAAAGAUCUUCACUGCAACUCAGAAGUCUUGGGAUUCCUUUAGUUAAUCUGUACUUUGUGGAUUUUUGUGCCUCUGCAGAUGCAGAACAGUCUUGCAGAUUCUGACUUGAACUGAAAUUAAAUUUCUAUUUUUUUUUUGGUCUCUACUGGUAAUUCUGGGUUUUCCAUUCCUUCCUCUCCCCUUUCUCCCACCUGCUGGGUGACAGCAGUUUGGGUUCUUUAGCUGUUCCUGCAGAGCAUUGUUCACCUCCCACGUAUUUUGCUCUAUUGUGUGUUUCUUGAGCUGUGUUUUCACAUCAAUUUCUUUCCUUUCUGUGAAAUGGUUUUUAAAACUUGGGGCCACCAAGUUGUAAAGGUGUAUGUUUUUACCAGCUGCUGCACCACAGAUGGCACGUCUGGUCACCUAGGACAGCGUUGGUAGCUGGUGUCUGUAAAGCAAAUGAAACGUGGAUGAACUGCUUUUUUUAGGAGUUAGUCCUUGACCACUAGUUCCUGCACAUCUUCCACUAGGGUGUCCUGUUCCACCAGCAACUCUCCGUGCUCCUCAUGACUAACUGUGUGUAAGUGCUUCAGAUGGAAUAAAUUUUUCUACGUAAAGGCCCUGGA